UCACAUGACGCGUCAUAUUAAUAACAAGGAAGUUGAGGCUUGUUCGGCGCUAGUUUUAUGAAAAUGAGUUUUUUAUCCGUAAUAUGUUACUUUCUUUGCUGCGCAUAUGCUUCGACAGACGAAAACAAGCCAGUUCAGGCAUUUGUAAUCCCACACAGUCACAUGGAUGUCGGGUGGGUCUACACCAUCCAGGAGAGCAUGCACGCCUAUGCAGCCAAUGUGUACACCAGUGUGACAGAGGAGCUGUCGAAGGGGAAACAUCGAAAGUUUAUCGUUGUGGAGCAGGAAUUUUUUCGACUGUGGUGGAAUAACGUGGCCUCCGACUCCCACAAGAAACAAGUCCGGCAGCUUGUGAAAGAAGGCCGACUUGAGUUCAUCUUGGGGGGCCAAGUGAUGCAUGAUGAGGCUGUCACUGAUUUAGAUGAUCAGAUCCUUCAAUUGUCAGAGGGCCAUGGCUUUCUCUACGAGACGUUUGGCGUUCGUCCACGGUUCUCUUGGCAUGUCGAUCCGUUUGGAGCCUCUGCCACUACGCCGGUGCUCUUCGCCCUGGCGGGGUUCAACGCUCACCUCAUCUCCCGCAUUGACUACGACCAGAAAGACGACAUGCAGCGAAACAAGAAAUUACAGUUUGUGUGGAGAGGUUCCGCCUCCUUGAAAGAGCAGAUCUUCACUCACACUAUGGACCAGUUCAGCUACUGCACCCCGGCUCACCUGCCGUUCUCUAACAGCUCUGGCUUUUACUGGAACGGAGUAGCAUUGUUCCCAGACCCUCCUAAAAGCGGAGUGUACCCCAACAUGAGUUUGCCCGUUACCAAGGCAACAGUAGAUGCUUAUGCCAGGACCAUGGUGGAGAACAUCAAGCAGCGGGCCGCUUGGUUUAGAACCAGACAUGUUCUGUGGCCAUGGGGCUGUGACAAACAGUUCUACAACUCCUCAGUGCAGUUCAGCAACAUGGACCCUCUAAUGAACUACAUCAACAAGAAGAGUAAAGAGUUUGGAGUAACAGUCCAGUAUGCGACACUUGGCGAAUAUUUCCAAGCCAUCCACCAAUCCGAUCUCAUCUGGAAGGUCCGUGGCAGCCAAGACUUCCUGCCUUAUUCUUCAGCAUCCCAGCAGGCGUGGACAGGGUUUUAUGCUUCAAGGAACGUCCUAAAAGGUGUGGCAAGACGAGCCAGCUCCCAGCUUCAUGCAGCAGAGACUCUCUUCACACGCUAUUGCCUCGACUACCCAGACGGACCCGUGGCUAAAGACUGGGCGCUCACCAAACUCAGGGCUCUUCGCUGGGCCGUCUCUGAGGUACAGCACCACGAUGGGAUCACCGGCACAGAGUCUCCUCGAGUGUCAGAGAUGUACAUGCAGCAUCUCACACAGGCCAUGAUGGGCGUGGACGAGCUUCUGGCUGCAAUCAUCUUGCUGCCGCACAACCUCGACUCAAAGGGCAGCAACUACCAUGGAAAAGGUGCUCACCAGACAUUGGAGCAGCAUGUUAUCGUUUAUAACCCGUUAGCGUGGAACGUCACCACCGUGGUCAACGUCACCGUAACCUUCCCGUUUGCGAGAGUCUAUGAUGAUGCCGGACAAGCGGUGCCUGCGCAGAUCCAGAAGUCCACCUUGUCGAACAUGACCUACGACCUCUUCAUCGUGGUGGACCUGGGUGGUCUUCAGCACAGGAAAUACUCCAUCAAGUUCUCAGAGAAGCCAUGCCUCAGGAGUUCCAAGUGUGGUGAAACUUUCGAAGCCAAGUCGGUUUCGUUCGAGAGACGAAGCGUUCGGGAUUGGAAGAAAACGGGCAGGAGGCUCCUUCCGGUUCUGAGUGAACGUUACAAGCUCAUGUUUGACCAGGACACUAAUUUACUGCACAGCAUCACACACUUGCAGGACAAAAGAAAUGUGGAGAUGACGCAGGAUUUUUGGGAGUACCAGUCCAACGGCGACGUCCGAGCGGGGCCCGUCUCAGACAACUACAUCUUCAGUGCCAACGGUUCAGCAGUGCGAGCGUACGAGGCUGUGCGAAUGGCGAUCGUCCCCGGCGUUGUCCUGUCUGAGAUCAGGCAAUACUUCUACAGAAAUGAAAGCGACGAUGACUACGCCUUCUCUGUGGUCACCCGGGUCCCACGAUGCUUUGGGACCAACGUCGGGUGUCAGAGGCUGGAGCAGACUUACUCACUGGGCCCCCUCCCUGUCAACACUGAGGUGGUUUUCAGGACCAGCUCGUCGCUAAGGAGCGAGCGGACGCUCUACACAGACAACAAUGGCUACCAGAUGAUGAAGAGAACACACAGCGAGUUCACCAACAACACUUUAGCUAGAAACGUUUUCCCCAUGGUGCGUGCGUCCUACAUGGAGGACGAGCUCAGUCGGUUGGUGCUGGUCAGCGAGCGAGCACACGGCGUGUCCAGCCAAGCCAGCGGACAACUGGAGGUCAUGCUUCAUAGACGUCUCUGGAACAACCUGCCCUGGAACCUUGGCUACAACCUGACUCUCAACGACAGCUCAGUGGUCCGACCUACGCUGUGGAUGAUGCUGGGUGCCAAGGGUGCGACCUCCCAGCUCUAUCAGCGGGCGGCGAUAGAGCUGCAGCACACGCCUGUUGUCAUGCCCAUCGACAGGCCGGGGGAGGAGGACGGGAAAGGCUGGGCUGAGACAAAGCCCAGAGGAAGUCCUCCUCCACGUGCGCUGAUGCUACCCCCCAACCUCCACCUGCUCAGCCUCAGCAUCCCCGGCUGGAACUACAGCUCCCGCCAUGAUGUCCACCUUGCCCGCAUUCGCUCAGGCCACCAUCGUCAAGCCGAGCCGGACUAUGAUCGCGUCCUGUUGAGGAUCAUGCACAUCUUUGAGGAGGGCGAAGACCAUGACCUCUCAAAGCCGGUCACCAUAAACUUGAAGGAUGUGCUGCAGGCUGUGGGAGAAGUGUCUGCCGUGGAGGAGCGUUCUCUGACAGGAACCUGGGAUGUGGCCAGCAUGCAGAGAUGGACAUGGAGAACUGCAGAAGAAAUGCCCAUAAAAAACGUGAGCUCCAUCAGCGUCAUAGAGGAACCUUUUUCAGUGACAAUCUUGCCCAAACAGAUCAGAACUUUCUUUGUGUACUUCAAGUCCAGCUGUCGUCGUCUGUGAUGACGUCUCCAUUUAUUUUGGAAUCGAAGUAAAAUCUUCGGCUCAUUUUUGCACAUCUAGAUCCUUUUUAAUUUAAUGGUUUAGCAUUCACUUUCUUAUGGAAUAAAGUUCAUUAAAAAUAAUCCUAAUUAAUUUUUUUAAUUCGCUGUAAACUACGGAUAUUAACGUGAAGAAAUGUCCAAUCUUGAAAGGUUGCAUUUUGUGUGUAGUCAAUGUAUGAAAUAGUUUCUCUUUUUAAAGAUGGAACUGUUGCAAUACAUUAUCUUUACAAAAAUAUUCAAAUUUAUUGAGAAGCAUAUGUCUGGCUCCUCUGCUUCGGCUGCUGCCCCCGUGACCCGACUUUUGAUAAGUGGAAGAAGAUGGAUGGAUGGAUGGAUAUACACUAUAUUGCCAAAAGUAUUUGGCCACCUGCCUUGACUCACAUAUGAACUUGAAGUGCCAUCCCAUUCCUAACCCAUAGGAUUCAAUAUGAUGUCGGUCCACCUUUUGCAGCUAUUACAGCUUCAACUCUUCUGGGAAGGCUGUCCACAAGGUUGCAGAGUGUGUCUAUAGGAAUUUUCGACCAUUCUUCCUAAAGCGCAUUGGUGAGGUCACACACUGAUGUUGGUCGAGAAGGCCUGGCUCUCAGUCUCUGUUCUAAUUCAUCCCAAAGGUGUUCUAUCGGGUUCAGGUCAGGACUCUGUGCCGGCCAGUCAAGUUUAUCCACACCAGACUCUGUCAUCCAUGUCUUUAUGGACCUUGCUUUGUGCACUAGUGCACAGUCAUGUCGGAAGAGGAAGGGGCCCGCUCCAAACUGUUCCCACAAUGUUGGGAGCAUGGAAUUGUUCAAAAUGUUUUGGUAUCCUGGGGCAUUCAAAGUUCAUUUCACUGGAACUAAGGGGCCAAGCCCAACUCCUGAAACCCCACACAAUAAUUCCUCCUCCACCAAAUUUCACACUCGGCACAAUGCAGUCCGAAAUCUACCGUUCUCCUGGCAACCUCCAAACCCAGACUCCUCCAUCAGGUUGCCAGAUGAAAAUGCGUGAUUCAUCACUGCAAAAAAGGCGUCUCCACUGCUCUAGAGUCCAGUGGCGACAUGCUUUACACCACUGCAUCCGACGCUUUGCAUUGGACUUGGUGAUGUAUGGCUUAGAUACAGCUGCUCGGCCAUGGAAACCCAUUCCAAAAAGCUGUCUGCGUACUAUACGUGGGCUAAUUGGAAGGUCAAACGAAGUUUGGAGCUCUGUAGCAACUGACUGUGCAGAAAGUCUUUGCACUAUGCGCUUCAGCAUCCGCUGACCCCUCUCUGUCAGUUUACGUGGCCGAACACUUGGUGGCUGACUUGCUGUUGUUUCCAAACUCUUCCAUUUUCUUAUAAUAAAGCCGACAGUUGACUUUGGAACAUUUAGGAGCGAGGAAAUUUCACGACUGGAUUUGUUGCACAGGUAGCAUCCUAUGACAGUUCCACGCUGGAAAUCACUGAGCUCGUGAGAGCGGCCCAUUCUUUCACAAAUGUUUGUAGAAACAGUCUCCAUGCCUAAGUGCUUGAUUUUAUACACCUGUGGCCGGGCCAAGUGGUUAGGACACCUGAUUCUCAUCAUCAGGGCGGGUGGCCAAAUACUUUUGGCAAUAUAGUGUACGUUGUAAGUGCAUAUGUAAUGUACAUAUCAAGUGCUUGAUUUUAUACACCUGUGGCCGGGCCAAGUGAUUGGGACACCUGAUUCUGAUUAUUUGGAUGGGUGGCCAAAUACUUUUGGCAAUAUAGUGUAUGUAUAUUUUAUUUCCGUAUUUAAAAAAAUUUUUUUUUACUAUGUCUGUUUUGACAAUCUUAUUGUAAAUGUUCCUUAAAUGUGGGCUAUAUUUGUUGUAAAUGUUCAAUUUUGUUGAAUAAUAAUUAAAAAAAAAAAAAGAUUUUGAGUGCUUGAGUACAGAGAAAUACGGCAAAAUGCAGUGCACCGCCAGUGCCCGGAUGUUGCGCUCAACACGCCCCAAAUGACGAGCGUGUACUACGUGAUGGAUACUUACCAUCCAAAUUGUAAUACUAGAAAAAAUUUCAAUUAUAUUUAUGUCUACAUUUUUAAAUAAAAAUACAACCCCCAUUAGUCGCCAUAUUAUCCACGUAAGAAGGGGAGCGACUAAGAAAGCAAGGGACGAAGAAGACGCCGGUAUGCACCACUGGUCUCUGUUAGAUAGCAACUUCAAUAAUAAUAACACAUAAUCCCAGUAAUGGUGAUGUAGUGUGCAGUAGAGGCAAUAUAGUAUGAUCUCUGACAUGUAUCCUGCUACUAGAGCGGCCAAAAUGUCCAGAAAAUAGGGGAAUAGUCGAAUAGUAAGCCCAUUCACCCCAGCUGUGCCACUGGUCGCGACCAGUUUCAUUAGCGCCCCUGGUGGUAGGAAGUACUGGUCCCAGGACAACACCUGCGGCAUUUCCGAAACGAGAGAGGGAACAGAGGAGGAAGCUGCAGCACUUUUUGUCUGAUCUGGCUUUGCUGGGCUCAUUGCAGGGGUUUAAGUACUUCCAGCCUUGGCUGAGAGGGAAGGAGGAGCUGCUGCUGACUGUUGUCAAUGAAGAUCUGAGGAGUGGUCCACCUUGGGUCCCGACUUGAAACAGCUAGUGCCUCAUCCGUGGAGGCUGAUCCAUGGUCGCCUGAUAACCUCUCCACGCAGGAGAAGGGGGCAGAGCAGCAAAGAGAGGCGGCAGAUCAACUGGUCUAAAAAGGGGUCUAAUUAA